AAUCAUGUUUCCCUCUCCUUUUAUUUCAAAAGCCGUACGUGUUUGCAUUGAUAAUAAAUUGCCGACAAUUGCUGUUGCUAGAUUUAAUCAGUGCCAGUUGGGCUACCGAAGGCAAAAGUAUUCUGAAUCUCUCAAGUCUCCCUUAAAAAUGGCAACAGAAAAAACUCUGCCAGCAAUAUUUAAGCAUGUAGAUGCUAAUAUUACUACUUAUAAGAACCUUUUGAAAGAAGCGGUUGCGAUUCCUUCGAUAUCGUGUGAUAUAAAAAACCGGUAUGAUUGCGUACGCAUGGUACACUGGAUGCAGGAUAAGUUGAAAGAGGUGGGCGCUCGCACGGAGCUCAGAGAUGUCGGCUUCCAGACCAUUGAUCAAAAGGAAGUUAAACUACCCCCUGUUCUAGUUGGAGUCUUGGGAAACGAUCCCAAUAAGAACACAAUAUGCAUUUAUGGGCAUUUAGACGUGCAGCCUGCUUUAAAGUCGGAUGGCUGGGACACUGAGCCAUUUGAGUUAGUGGAAUGUAAUGACAAGCUAUAUGGCCGUGGCUCAACUGAUGAUAAAGGCCCUGUGCUUGGAUGGCUACAUGCAAUUAAUGCAUACAAAGCUGUUGGGGAGGAGCUCCCAGUGAACUUGAAAUUUGUAUUUGAAUGUAUGGAAGAGUCUGGGUCAGAAGGUCUAGAUGCUCUCUUAAUUGAGCAAUUAAAACCUGAGGGUUUCUUCGACACAGUGGACUAUGUGUGCAUAUCUGACAACUACUGGUUAGGGACCACUAAGCCGUGUAUCACAUAUGGCCUCCGUGGCAUAAGCUACUAUUUUUUGGAAGUUGAAUGUGCCAAAAUGGAUCUGCACAGUGGUGUUUAUGGUGGAACUGUACAUGAAGCUAUGUCUGAUCUCAUUUACCUGAUGGACCAGUUGGUGGACAAGGAUGGCAAAAUCCUAGUCACGGAUAUCUACAAGUCUGUCGCUCCGUUGACGGAAGCCGAAAAGAAACUAUACACUUCCAUCGAUUUCGAUCCUGAGGCAUACAGGAACACAAUCGGAACCCCAAAACUGGCGCACAACGGUGUCAAAGAGCAGCUGCUUAUGCACCGAUGGAGGUACCCGACCUUGUCGUUGCAUGGAAUCGAAGGAGCUGCAUACCAGCCAGGCGCUAAGACGGUGAUCCCAGGGAAGGUGAUUGGAAAGUUCUCGCUGAGGAUAGUGCCCAACCAGGAGCCCGAGGAAGUGGAGCAACUUGUGUUUGAUUACAUUCACAAGAAGUGGGCCGAGCGCGGCUCGCCGAACAAGAUGAAGAUAUCCGCGCAGAGCGGGCGCGCGUGGACCGAGGACCCGCACCACCCGCAUUACCAGGCCGCCGCGCGCGCCACUAGGCUCAUCUACCAGACUGAGCCAGACAUGUCGCGCGAGGGCGGCUCCAUCCCCGUGACCAUCACGCUGCAGGAGGCGAGCGGCCGCAACGUGCUGCUGCUGCCCAUGGGCGCCGGCGACGACAUGGCGCACUCGCAGAACGAGAAGAUCAACUGCAGGAACUACAUCGAGGGCAUCAAGUUGUUUGCCGCCUACCUGCACGAGGUUGGCAAACUCCCUAAGUAAAGGAGCAACGGUUAUCGACCAUCAAGUACCAAAAAUGCAUCUCAUUUUGCAUAAUUAAAAAGUACAUAUUAUAUUCGUAUACAUAGAAUAAUAAAAUGUUAAUAUUCAAAUGGUGCCUUAGCAUAAUAAAGAUAAAUAAUCGCUGUUACUUUAUUACAUAUUGUAUUUCGCGUUUGAAAGUGUGACACAUUUAUGAGUCAUUUAAUUAGUUAAGAUUUAUUUUGUAACUUUUUAAUACAUUUAUUUGAAAAUAUUUAGUUUUUUUAAUCCUCGUGCAAUAUGUAUUUAUUUUGUGUAAACAUUACUUAAAUAUUAUAAAUAAUAAUAUAUUAGUUAUUCGUUUUCACGAAAGUAAUAAUUGUUUUGUUUUAGUUAUUUGGCAUUGAAAGUAUGGAGUAUAUACCUAGUAUUACAAUAUCAGUGACAUAGAAAACAACAUUAAUCUAAAUGACUUAUUCCGACCCAAUCUGUUUGUAACAACGAACUAGAUUAACCAUAGAAGUAGUCUGACUAGAAAAUCGUCUCCAGCGGGCUAAGCACGGUCGCAUUUUUAUCACCUGUCACUAUGCCUGUCACGUUCUAAUAAAUAUGUAAGUGCGAAAGUGAGAGGUGAUAAAUACAAACAUGCUGCCACCGCAGGUGUAUAGUUAUCAGACAGAAGUUUUGGCGGCAGAAUAAAGUGAUUGAAAAAAGGAAAUAUCGAAAUGUCCGUUAUCGAUGUUACCUUAACCUCAUAGAUAUUUUUAACAUUGUAUGAGACGAUAGCAACCGCGAAAUACACAACACGUUCGAUAUCUUCUUUGAUAUAUUGGUAUUUUGCUAUUCUUUUGGCAUUGUAUACUACAGUUUACGUUUUUUAUUUUUAAGUGCUACAUAUAUGUAGUUAAUAAAGAAAUGAUGUACCGAUUUCUAA